UCCUGGUAAUCAUAGGAGAGAAAAAAAUGAUAUCUCCUGAGGCCCAAGAACUUGGGAGGAAAUGAGUGUCAAUAAAGUCUACUGGGCUAUUUUAAAUCUCUGAGUGGUUUCGUGGGCUGCACCUAAAAACUCUCUCACACACACCUAGGAAAAUUUUACCUUUUUCUUUUUGGACAAAUUACAAAUUUUCGCUCUACUCGCAUUUGAUUCUCUUUCAAAUUCGUUACAAGAUCGAACCCAUUUGACUGAAAACGGAAAAGGGUGUUCUUAAAUUGAAGCAAACGAGAGAAUUAUCCUCAAAGACUUGACUUUCAGAUAUUGUGAAAUUUGUUACUGUUAUGGAUCCAGAGGCUGCAAAGACUGCAAGAGAAUCUUUGGAUUUGACAUUUCAUAUGUCAAACCUUCUCAAUACAGGACUUGAUCGACACACCCUUUCGGUGCUUAUUGCUCUUUGUGAUUUGGGUUUGAACCCUGAAGCACUGGCUGCUGUUGUGAAAGAACUCCGAAGUGAACGUGUUUCAUCCUCUAGUGCUCCAAUACCGAAACCAUAAUUAGGCUCGUGCAUCUCCAUGCCACUUAAAAUGUGUUGACUGAACUCCAGUAUGGCUUUACCCAGCAGGACCUUUGGGUUGCAGAAAUUCAAGUUUUCCUCUGAAGCAAAGUUGCAGCUCUCUCUCGGAACAAGAACAGAUCAAAGGCAGCAGAUAUUGAAGGUGCAGAAGUGUGGUUGUUGAUAGUUUACCUUCUUGUUGGAAGUUUUAGUUUUUCUUCCCCACUGUUUCAGAAGCCUUUCUAGGGCAGUGCUUAUGAUGUUUCUCUCCAGUAGAUUUAUAACACUUGCUGUGUAUGGAGCUCCUACCAUUCCUUUAUGUAUGGAUUGCAUAACCUUUAUGUGCUGAAA